CCAUCAUCCACCUUCCUUCCGUUCCCUCACAUACUCUGUCCACCGUUACAUGGAACGCAGCGAACCCGACUGGGAGAUGCACGGCGAAGAAGAAGACGACGGCGACUACGCUCCAGGAUUCGAUGAAGACGAUGAAGACGAGGAACUUGACGAUAUACAACCUGACUACGAGGAUGAUUUCCAGGAAUUGCAGGAUGACUUAGCCGAAGCUAUUCAUGAUACACAAGCUAUGGAGGACGGUACUGAAGGUGGCAAUCCUGUAUUGAACAUCUUGAACAACAUGACAGAGCUUGAGCAACUCGCAAAUGCACCUGCGGGUGGUGCGGAUUCUUCCCAGCCUGCCGUAGUUGAUUCAUCGACUUCCUCUAGAAUGUCUCUUUCUCUUCUUCAGAUGCUCUUCUCCCAGCCCGUUCGUGUCAUUCAGCAAUCCGGCAACAGCACCGUCAGUGCUAGCCAUCGGCAUCAGACUCGCGCUCAGGCUCAACGAGCGGCUCCAAUUUCUGACGAUGAAGAGGAAGAGGACGAUGACCCAGAAGACAACUUCUAUUAUGGAUGGUAUCGGCGACCAGAUAGUGCUCCUCACAAACGCUGGUAUGAACCGGUGGUAGAGCCGCAGGACACUGGAGUUGAGCUUAUCGCUAGCGGCGAAUACGGACGGGUGACUCCAAAACUAAACGCCCGGCACGGAGUCCGCAAUGUGGCAAAGAUACUUAACACUAGAGGUACUCGGACACGGCGGACGUACAAAGAAGACUACACCAGUGAAUUGGUCCCAAACACAAACGGCGUUAACAUCAUAGGCUAUGAUCAUAAUAUAUACUCUGCCCAGUUUUCAGCAGAUUCGAGCUUUUACUAUACAUGCUGUCAAGACUUUCGAUUGCAUGUGUAUGACAUGACCGCACCUCCGAUGCCUGCGCCUACCAUCCCUUUCCGCAGAACGUUCGGUGCGGCAGACCACCAAACGACGCUGAAAGUUCACAAAACGAUCAAUGGAAUGCCUGGACGAUGGACUAUCACUGACUCGCAUCUAAGCCCAGACAACGAAAGGAUCAUCUACUCGUCCCUGACCCCGACUGUCUACCUUGCCACUACCCGCGAUGCGUCCACAGCUCAGCAUGCAAUCCAGCUGGCCGAUUCACGUAGAGGACAAUCGCUUUGGGGUUACGAAGAAAGCUUCGGCAUCUAUUCCUGCCGCUUUUCUGCUGACGGAAAUGAGGUCAUUGCAGGCGGAAGCGGACGGAUAUUUGUCUACGACUUGCUUGCCGAUCGUCGUACGGUCAAGAUCGACGCACACGCCGAUGAUGUGAAUAGCUGUUGCUGGGCUGACACUGCCUCAGGCAACGUCCUCGUUAGCGCUUCGGAUGAUACCUUCUUGAAGGUCUGGGAUCGUCGGUCUCUUGGGUCCUCCCAGACCCCCUCUGGUGUCCUGAUUGGGCACACAGAAGGUAUCACAAAUGUAUCGGCAAAGGGAGACGGACGAUAUAUCAUCUCGAACGGCAAGGACCAAGCACUACGAUUAUGGGAUCUGCGCAAGAUGCGGAGUAACGCUGAAUACGAGGCAGUGGCAGACCAUGACUACGGGAUCCCCAACUUCGACUAUCGGUAUAGUUACUAUCCAAGACCGAAAGUCAAGGCUCAUCCCCAAGACUGCAGUGUCAUGACGUACCGUGGUCAUAGUGUGAUGUCCACGCUCAUUCGCUGUCACUUCAGUCCAGCGGAGACAACUGGGUCACAGUAUAUCUACUCUGGUUCUGCGGACGGACGUAUCCAUAUCUGGUCUCUGGAUGGGCGUAUUGUUCAAGUUCUUGACCGUUCGCGUACACUACCCAUGGCUUUCGACCCAUCAGGACCCGAGCCCCCAUCGACCGACGGUGCAGGUGACAUUGUCUGUGUACGCGACGUUAGCUGGCAUACCCGGGAGCCUGUGCUGUUCAGUGCUGGCUGGGAGAGUCGACGUAACGGCACUGGGAGCACCAUCGCCCGCCAUGAAUGGAAGGGUCUCUCAAAAGUGCCCGGAGCGUUGGAGGACUGGGUUACGCGGCAGAAGCUAGAGAAAGAGGAGAAAGAGAGGCAGAAACAGAAGGCGUCGAGGAGGCUCCCUGUGUAUGAGCUGCAGUACAGAGAGAUGUCCGAGAAUGCCGUUCGCGUUGUUCCCAAUCCUACGGAUCUCCUUCGCGACUUUGUUCUUCUCCGCACUGGUGCUCAGGGAUACACGUUGUUCUUGAUACGCAGGGAACAAGUUACUGUGAUCCCUGUGAAUUCGACAGCUCAAACGCUACUCACUAGCUCGUCGCUGGGCUCGAUCGCGGCAAUCGUUAUUCCGAGCGAGGCAACACGCGCAAAGACACUCCACACCCACCACCCAGCCACCAUGCACGCCGAAUCCUCCUCAGCCUUCUCGUCUUUGUUCCCCAUUUCCACUACCGGGCCGAAUGCCUUUGGGAUGUUUGGCUCCAACCCGCGGGACAGCGUCACCAUGUACGAAGACCUCCUCCAGUCCUUCUCUGCGAGUUCGUCGCCUGUCUCUUCCGUUAGCAGUAAGGGAAGUUUCUGCGGGAGCCCAACCACGACAGAGUCGGACUAUGACGGGUCGACGUCGUCGGACGCGGCGAGCUCGAGUAGUACGCUCGUCGAUGACGAAGAGGCCGUCGUCAAGGGCGACGAAAAGGAGGGGAAGAAGGAGAAGAAGCGGUCGAGUUUCUUCGCCGAUUUUGAUUUGGCGGAUUGCUUCAAAAGGAUGUUCGCUGGUACGUCCCUUCCUCUCACAUUAGCCGCAACAAGGCAUUGUAACAACACAAGUCGCGUCAAAAUCCAAGCCCAUCGAGACAUCACUAGCACUUUUACUGCCAACACUGAGAGCAUGACCGCCACCGCAGAAUUGGACAACUAUGGCUUUCCACAAGGAUACUUCAUCAUUCGCUCGGUGGCGAUGAACAGGUUGCUUGAUGUGAAGAUGGACGAGUCGGAGGAUGGGACUGAGGUGCUUUUGUUUCCGCAGAGAGAGCAGUCAUUAGUUGAAUCGUUCCGUAUACCUGAGUCGAACAAUCAAGUGUUCUUCAUCUCGACUGAGGGCGCCUUGUGUUCUCGGUCUUCCGGCCAUGCUAUCGACGUCGAGAACGAAGGCCUCGUUCUUCGCCACCGCCGACCAGUCUCCUACCCGUACCCGAACCACUACUCCCACCCCGUCCCACAAUUCCGCUACUCCGAAAAAACCGGCGAAAUCUCCAUCACAUUCGAAGCCGACCCCGCCUACCCCGACCCUCCUUCGUCCAGCAACAACGUCUGGCGCACGAAAUCAUACAACCUCACCGCGAUGCCGAUGCGCAAGCCUCGUUCUUUCAUGGAUGACGCCUCCGAAGUCCUCUCCUCCGCACUUCGGUCUCCGUUGAGCCUCUUCUCACCCGGUGCCCAGAGUGAGCAGAAGUUGAACGAGGAGUUUAAUUUGAGGGAGGAUGAGUUGGAGGAGAGGGAUAGGGGGGAGGAUGCGGAGGUAGAUGAUUCGCCGGAGGAUGUCAGGAAGGUGAAGGUGAUAGGUUUCACGGAGGAGGACGUCAAGGAGCUGGGGGAUAAGGCGAGGAUUAGGAGGAUGUGGGAGGUCGUGCCGCUCAGGACGUCGGCGAGGAAGCAGGGCGGCAAGUAAAGAUUAGUGCCCGUGUCUCUAUAGCAGACAAUCAGAGACUUGUUUGGGUGCGUGUAAUUCCCCUAGCUUGAUGUGGGAGCUGUACGAUUUUAUGUGUAUCUACC